GUAUUUCCCUUAAAGUUACCAACGUUUUUGUUUACAAAUUACAACGUAUGAUUUAAAAGUUAUAUUUUUAUUUUAUUAUUUAACAAUUAUUUGUGUUUAAUAAGCGAUAGAAAUAACAAAUAAAUUUAAAAUACGAAUUUAAAAAAUUCGAUUCUUAAUCAAAGUAUUAGUUAAAUUACUCAAAAUAACAAAAAAAUCAUUGUUGGAACAAUGCAACAAAAUCAAAACACGACAAUUACUUCCUUCUAUCAAAAAUCAAAUACUCUGCAUAAUGUGGGAGUGGAAAAUAUUUGCAGUGGUAAUCUCAUGAAAAAAUGCACUGCAUGGGAUAAUCAGAAUUAUAAUACAACAAAAUUGAAAUUAAUUUAUAAUUGCAUAAAAGAGGAGGCGAGAAAUAAUAAAGAGGCAUUAACAAACGAAAGCUGCGUUAAAUUGGGAAAAAUCCUUCUAAUCAAUGAAGCUAUUAAAUGUCAAAACUUUCCCAGCAAUUCAGAAAAUAUUCAAGAGCCCAUUGCUUUUCUCGGCGUACUCGAUACAAUAAAACGUGAACUUGAUGAGAAAACGAAAUUGGCGAUAAAAUCCUUCAUCGAAGCCAAAUUAAGAGAGAGGAUAUUUAAUUUCACUUCUCGUUACAGUGAAUUAGGCGGAAAGAUAAAGGAAACAUCAAAAAAUAGAGAGACAGUUAAUAGUAAAGUGAAUUCACAAAAUAAUGAAUUGAUAUUGUUAAAUUGGUCGAAAAAAAUUGACGAGAUCCACUUGACCUAUAAAAAGAGUUUGCAUAAUUUCUUCGAACUUUUAACAACUUGGGGAGAAUGUAAAAUAGCACUCAGUGAAUCAAGAUUCAAGAGUACGGAAUCAUCACUAAUUCAAGCGCAACUUGUCGAGACGCAGACGAUUAUCAGCAAAUUGUCCUGUCAUUUGCGAUUAUUUUUAGAAACACCGUCAACUAUUAAAAGUUUUCGAAUUUUAAAAACAACUCUCGAUAAUAAAUUAAAUGAAAUUGAUGACGAAAUUCAAAGAAAAUUAGCUAAACAAAAGGAAUAUGAUGAUCUUAAGUGUACCGAAUAUGAUGAUAUUUUGAAAAAGUACAUCGACAUUUGUAAUGCAGUGAAGAAACGAAGUCUUAUUCUCGAUAGAUUAUAGAAAAAUGGAGAUUAAUUUCAAAGAGGGAAAAAAAUUGGUUCAUAUUCUGUUUCUGUUGUGAUCAAUUUCUACGGUAUCAUGUUUUUUUUUUUUUUACUAAUAUUUGUCUUCACAAUUCGUCUCUUUAUCUAAAGUGUAUUUAUCUAUACGACCGAGAAAUCCUUUGGGGAUGGCAUGAUAUAAUGGAAAAUCAAUGAUUAAGCAUGCGCGUUUGAAAAUUUAUCAGCACAACGCAGAAGGAUCUAUUACAAGAAGACGUCAUACUACUGAGAUGACUUUUGAAAAGAUAUGUACCAUUUCAUGUUCUCUUCUUGAUCUUAAAUUAUUGAAAAGUGUCCUUUAAUAGUGGUGCAAUGAAUAAUAUAAAAAUUAAAUCGAAAAAAAGGACGUUCAGUUCUGUUGAACGAAAAAGAAAGUGUAAAACAUAUUUAAAACUUAGAAUUUAUAAAAUUUUUAAUUUUAUACUAAAUCAAACGUUCAAUUGUAAUUUAAUCGCUGAUGAAGUAAUGAAAUUAUUUUCAAGAUUGUAAA